AUGCAAUUAAAAUAUUUGACUGUUCUUGCUGCAGCUGUUUCAUCAGUUUCUGCUAUUGGAGAUCUUGCUUUCAAUAUUGGUGUUAAGGAUAACUCCGGUAACUGUAAAUCGAUAGAAGAAUACGAAAGUGACUUCUCUGUUUUAGAAUCACAAUCCAAGAUUGUUAAGGCAUACGCUGUUUCUGACUGUAACACUUUACAAAACUUGGGACCAGCCGCUGAGGAAGCCGGAUUCCAAGUGAUGUUCGGUAUCUGGCCAAAUGAUGACGCUCACUUCGAGGAAGAAAAACAGGCAUUGAAAGAUUACUUGCCAAACAUUUCUGUUGAUACCGUCAAGGUUUUCACAGUUGGAUCCGAAGCUUUGUAUAGAGAAGAUUUGACUGCCGACGAAUUGGCCGAAAAGAUCAACGAUAUCAAGGACACCUUGAAGGACAUCAAGGACAAGAACGGUAAGUCUUACUCUUCAGUUCAAGUUGGUACUGUUGACUCGUGGAACGUUUUAGUCGAUGGUGGUUCCAAGCCAGCUAUUGAUGCUGCUGACUUUGUUUUCGCCAACGCUUUCUCGUACUGGCAAGGACAAACCAGUAAGAACGCCUCUUACUCGUUCUUCGAUGACAUCAUGCAAGCCUUGCAAACCAUCCAAGCCGCUAAGGGUACCGACAUUGAUUUCUGGGUUGGUGAAACUGGAUGGCCAACUGAGGGUACCAACUUCGAAUCUGCUGACCCAACUCUUGAAAACGCUAAGAACUACUGGCAAAACGCUAUCUGUGCUAUCAGAGGAUGGGGUGUUAACGUUGCUGUCUUCGAAGCUUUUGAUGAAGAAUGGAAGCCAAACACUUCUGGUACUUCUGACGUUGAAAAGCACUGGGGUGUCUUUGAUGAGAACAACAAGCCAAAGUUUGACUUGAGUUGUGACUUCUAA